GGCAGCCCUAUCCACCCACAGCUCCGUAUCCGCGACGCCGCGCGGCGCCGGAAAUGGCGGCACCCUCCCACGUCCUGCCCUUCCUCUCCCCCACCGCCACCGGCACCGCCUCCUCCGUCCGCGCCAGCCCCGCCCGCCUACGCUGCGCCGCCGCGGCCGGGCAGGCGGGCUUCUUCACCCGCCUCGGCCGCCUCAUCAAGGAGAAGGCCAAGAGUGACGUCGAGAAGCUCUUCUCCGGCUUCUCCAAGACCCGCGAGAACCUCUCCGUCGUCGACGAGCUCCUCACCUACUGGAACCUCGCCGACACCGACCGCGUCCUCGACGACCUUGAGGAGGCACUUCUCGUGUCGGAUUUCGGGCCUAAAAUCUCCUUCAGGAUCGUCGACACGCUCCGCGGGGAAAUCCGCGACGGCAAGCUCAAGUCCGGGGCCGAAAUAAAGGCGGCCCUGAAGAGGUGCAUUCUCCAACUGCUGACAAGCAAGGGCGGCAACUCCGAGCUGAACCUCGGCUUCAGGAAGCCGUCGGUCAUCAUGAUCGUGGGAGUGAAUGGUGGUGGAAAAACUACCUCCUUAGGAAAGCUUGCUCACAGAUUUAAGAAUGAAGGAGUGAAGGUAUUGAUGGCAGCAGGUGAUACCUUCAGAGCAGCAGCUCGUGACCAGCUAGAAGUUUGGGCUGAGAGAACAGGUUCAGAGAUCGUCAUCGACAAUGAUAAGAAGGCACAGCCUCCAGCAGUUCUAUCGCAGGCAGUAAAACGUGGGAAGCGUGAAGGGUUUGAUGUGGUUCUAUGUGAUACAUCAGGAAGACUUCACACAAACUAUGGUUUGAUGGAAGAGUUGGUUUCCUGCAAAAAAGCCAUAGCUAAAGCCCUUCCUGGCACUCCUAAUGAGAUUUUGCUUGUUCUUGAUGGCACCACAGGCUUAAACAUGUUACAGCAAGCGAGGGAGUUCAAUGAUGUUGUUGGAGUCACAGGAUUCAUCCUGACUAAGCUAGAUGGCACUGCGCGGGGUGGCUGUGUGGUUAGUGUUGUAGAUGAACUUGGAAUCCCAGUGAAGUUUAUUGGGGUUGGUGAAGGGAUGGAAGAUCUUCAACCUUUUGAUGCUGAGGCAUUUGUGGAAGCCAUUUUCCCAUGAAUUCGGAUUUAUGCUCCUAUUGUAAAGUUUUUUAUAGUCAUUACUUCAGCUCUUUACGUAAGAGAUAGUUGUCGUUUAUUACGCUGAGGCUGUGAGGCAUGACUAUGAAGCAGCAAAAAGCAAAACUAAGGAAUUGAAGCACAAGGCAGUUGAAGAGCUAGAUGGGCGAGUGGUAGCCGGGCCAGACAUUUAAUUCGACUGCUUUGUGCAUUGCCAGUGAAAGGGUUUAUUAUUGGAGUCUAGACCUGCUGGUCCCUUACAUAAGAGACUUGCGAACUGUACCUGAACGAUUCAGAGAAGAAAUGGUGGAGGAUAUUGAUUAUCAUCUGUUAAUAGCAAACUCUGCUGUCUUUGCAGCAUCCUUCCA